GCUGCAAAAACCCUGCCCAGCGCCCGGGGAGGGAGAGCCACUUUCAAGAUGAGUGCAGUGGGGUGGUCGGUUCCACCCUCCGGGGGGUUAUAUCCUUCUGGAAUGUUGAACUGGUCCGGCUCCACCUGGGAAACCUUGGCAGUGACCCUGAUCGCCGUCAGCACAACCUCUUGGGUAGUCUAUCGGAAACGACGCUGGGACAGUCUGGGACGGGACCACUGGCGCACGCUGCUGGGUGAACUGUUGCUGCAGGCCCUCCUACUCCUGGGAUGUGUGUUUGUCUCCUACCUGAGUGACUCACAGCGAGGAGGGUUCACGGUUAAAGGUCCGGAUUACCCUACCGUAGCUCACUUGGGGGCAGAUGUGGUGCUGAACUGCUCGGUGGUGUUCCACAGGGAGGAGUCCAAGCUGCAGGUUGAAUGGAGCAGGCCGGAGUCCGGAGCGCAGGUUCUGGUGUGUGAUGACAUCCUGGAAGGGCCGUGCCGAGACUUUGGGGGCGGGGCGCAGCACUUUGAGGGCGAGCUGGCAUCUGGAAACGUGUCGAUCAGACUGCAGGAGGUGAAGGUGUCCGACGCUGGGAAAUACCAGUGCACUGUCACUUCCAGUAGCCAUUCUAGCCACACCAGCCUGGAGCUGAGCAUUGUGGCUGUUGGGACCAAACCGAGUUUAUCGAUAAGGCAGCUGAGCACCAACAGUUUGGAGUACACCUGCCAGUCCGAGGGCUGGUUCCCCGAGCCUGACGUCGUCUGGAAGGACAGCGAUGGGAGGAACCUGCUCCCUCAGUCGACAUUGGCCAGGGGCAGAGGCAAGCAGCAGCUGUACGAUGUGAAGGUCCACUAUCGGGCGACUGGAGACCUUCCAUCAGCUGUGACCUGCAUCAUCCACAACUCACUCAACAACGUCAAAGAGGUGGCGACUGGGCGUGUGAAUGAUUUUCUCCCUCGUGCUCAGUUCCGUGUUAGUGAGACAGAAUGGAGUCGGAUUCAGAGUUACACAGUCUCUCUGACGCUGGACCCAGACACCGCGAACCCCUGGCUGGUUCUGAUGGAGUCCGGGACCAGCGUCCAGGAUGGUGAAGCCCGCCAGGCGGGGGUCCGCGAUAACCCCGAGAGGUUCCAGAUCAGUCACUGCGUCCUGGCCUCACGGGGCUUCUCCUCCGGCCAGCACUACUGGGAGGUGGAGGUAGGCCGCAAGGAGGCCUGGGACCUGGGCCUAGCCACCCAGUCGGUCAACAGGAAGGCCAAGGUGAGAGGGGUGCCCAACGCUGGGCACUGGAGUCUGUCCCGCCUGGGCAGGACAGAGUACCAGGCGGUGGAUUGGUCCCCCCAACCCCAGCCAGUGGAGCUGGGCCCGGAACUUACGGUCGUGGGAGUCUAUCUCCGGUAUAGUCAGGGGCGCCUGUCCUUCUUCGACGCAGAGAGGCGCCUGCACCUCCACACCUUUGUGGCCAACUUCUCAGAGAGGGUGUACCCCUUCUUCUGCCCGGGGCCUUACGACUGGCAGACGAACGCAGAGCCCCUCCGCCUCCCCUACCCAGCCCCUCGGGAACAGCCGGGGGAAGAGUCUGGACAUGUUCCCGUUCGGGAAGUAGACUUUGAAGGGGGCGCGCCGAUGGAGCCGCAGGCAUCCUGAGCUGCGGCCCGCCAUUUCUGGUCAGACGAUCGAUGGCCGAGGUGGAAACAGUGUAACGGAGAAACACAGCGUGUGCGUCUGGCUCCGCAGAGAGAGAGAGAGGGACGUUGCGAUUCCAGUGACCCGGCUUCUGAAACCCCCCGCUCGUGAGCUGAUGCAUUUGUCAGCCACAGGAGCCCCUUUGAAACGGUAACCCCGUUGUAAUGUGGGAAACUCCGAUGGACAUUUUGUGCACAGCAAGCUCCCACAAAUAGCAUCAUGACAUUCGGAGGUCCAGUACAUCUCAGAGCUAGCUGCUCACCUGUCUGAUUCCUGUACCUGACACCCAUCUGGUCCCUGUACGUCAGUCCCAGGCGUACACCAUUCUGAAGAAGCAUCACUGGACUUGAAAAUUUAACUCUGUCCUCUCUACAUACGUCUGCCAGACCUGCUGAGUUUCUCCAGCAAUCUGUUUCUGAUCCCCAGUACUUUGUAUCACACCCUUGGUGUAGAGUUGUCAAGGGGCUGAUUGCUAGGUUUUGUCUUUACAACUGAGGUUUAGUAAAAUCAUUUUUGUUUUGGAGCUGUGAGCUGAAGAUGACCUUUGGGCUGUGGUCAGCCGCUUGUGAAUAGAAAAGGAAUGAACAGGCCCUGUUGUUUCUUUGUGAUACCGAGUCUGCAAGUUAAUUGCAGGUCAAUUCUCGUUAAGACAUGCCCUGUAGAUAUUUUGACUGUGCAGUGACAGCGUGCUUAAAUAGAUAGCAGAGAUAGUUGCCCUUUGGUGAGACUAGUGCCUGGAAAUUGGUUCUCGCAAGUCUGGAAGAGACUCAGUGAAUGCUAACUAGGAAACCAUAGGGGAAUCUUCCAGGGAGAUGCUUGAGUUUUGGACAGUGUUUUCUAACAACUGUGACAUUACACCAUGAAGGCUUGGAAAUUCCCUGCCUGACCUUUCAUCAUCAAUUAUUGUAAGAUCAUGGACCAGAAACUCAAAUAAGAGUGACUUCCUCUGAAAGUUCCAAA